AUGAAUACAUUUGAUCAAAAAAGGCGGGGAGGAGACUGGAGGGGAUUUGGACGAGGCAAUUCAGGGCAAGGCGAAAAAGGAAAAAAUCAGACCGGCUCCAGGCCGUGCCGCUACUUCAAGAACAGCCGUUGCAAGUAUGGCUCAGCAUGCAAAUACUCCCAUGAUCUGCCUUCCAUAAAUGGAAAUGAGAUACAUAAUUCUAGAAGACGACCACCUCAGCCUGAGGAUACUCCUGAGCAACAACAAGCUAGAGUGGACUACAAUACAUGGCGCCGACUCAUCAAAGUUCCACCUAUUAGAAACGAUAAGAGAACAAUGGAACAGCUUUGGAGUGGUGGCCUUGCCAUCUUGAGUGGCGACAAUCUAGAAUGGCAGCAAAUGUUGCCACGCGAUUUGGACAGCGACGACUAUCGAGGCCGGGAACAUAUCAAGGCCUUGCUAGAGCUGCGGUCAAGCCCAGGAAAAGAGCAGGAACUCAUUCCUAUCGCGUGUUCAUUUCUCUCUGUCAUCACUCAUCGGGCUUUCUUGGACUGCCUCUCCGUUGAUACCUCUGUCGGAGCGCUCUACAAUUUCGUGAGUGGCACGAAUGGAAACCGCGCCAUUCCUUUCUUCGAACAUCUUUCUCAAACACUCGUAGAGUCCCACCUCACAUCCGCCAACUCUUCAGAAAUGAUUCAGAAUACUUUGCAGACCAUGCCGGUUGCACUUCGAGAGCUUGUUAGGAGAGAGCCUCGCGCUCGAUUCAACGACAACAUCACGUCUUUACUCGAUUUAAUGAAAGAAGCUACCCAAGUAAUCGUUGGAGAUACUCGAGAUUUAAUCAUGCCGAUCACGCUGGGUCGGAUCAAUGAGAUUCGAGCCAUUGUCGCACGAGCAAAUGGACUUCUUGCGCAAGAAGAAAAUAACGCGCAUGCAGAAAUGGUCACCAAGUCGACAUAUCCUCGCAAUCUGAUAAUGCCACAAGAUCGCCACGACAACGACAAGCCUGACAUUGUUAAUGUCAAGAUUUUUCCAACUUCUGAGGAAAUCAUGAGCGAUGCAAUCGACUUUUUGCCAUCCACCGAUCUCGACCAGCCUCAUUUCCUUCAAGACAAGGUUGAAAGACAUAUCGACACAUUCUUUCGUCUUCUUCGUCACGAUACUUUCGGAGAACUGAAAACGGCUCUAAGAUUGUUCUUGCACACUAUACAAAACGAUCCGGCUUGUAUCGAUAAUCCAAAGCUCAGUCUUGGAGAUUUUCGGGCUUUCCACUACCCGGAUGCGUACAUCAGCUAUAUCUCAUUCGACCGCCGUCAUGGUCUCGAAACAAGUAUAUCGUUCAAACAACUUCCACAGCUACGUAGAAAAUCAGCGAAAGAGAGACAAAAAUGGUGGCAAGACUCAAAAAGACUUGGCGAAGGUAUCCUUCUCUCAUUUAUCUCGGUUCGCAAUGGUCAAGUUCAGCACUUGUUCUUCACUGUCAGCAGAAGAGAUACAGACACGAAGCACGACCGGAGCCUUACCAAGGAAGAUUAUCGGUGCACCAUUACUUUAAAGCUGGUAGCCGUUGACCAGACACAGGUAGCUUUGGCCAUUUCUUUGAGCUGCAAAAACACUCGUGGACUUCUUCUAGAGUUCCCCGGUAUCAUUCCCGCCACAUUUGUACCAAUCCUCGAGAACUUGAAGGAAAUGCAAAAGCACAGCAGGCUGCCGUUCAAGGACUGUAUCCUUCCUGACCAGAUCGAGAAUGUGCAGGACCGAAAAGGCGGAAACACUCUUGACAUACCGGCCCCGCUUUACACUCGUCGUCCUGAAUUUGCUUUCAAUUUGAAGUCUAUUUUCAAGAAAGACGAGGUAAGAAAUGGCGAUAUCUACGUGCGGUCGACCUCUUCUCCUGAUGACACAGCUAUGAUUGACAUGAUUGAAGCUCGCACCGGACUAGAUCGUGGCCAAAGUGAGGCCUUGAUAUCAGCUUUGACGCGUGAAUUUGCGUUCAUUCAAGGCCCCCCUGGUACUGGAAAGUCGUAUCUCGGCGUCGAAUUGAUGAAGAUUCUAAUGGACUGUAAAUCAAGAGUAGACUUAGGGCCUAUCAUUGUGUUUCUAGAGCAUCUAAUCGAAAAUGGAAUCAAGAAGACUAUUCGCAUCGGAGGCCAGAGCCAUUCCGCCAUUCUGGAAGAACACAACCUUCGGAAGAUUUCUCAAAUGGAAGGCAAGACAAGAUCCGAAGGGUUCCUCCUUCACAAAGCAUACGAGCAUUUGGAACAAGAGUCCGAGCAAAUCAAGAAAAAUCUAAGGCGACUUCAUGGCGUUUUCAAACAUGCCAACUGGUCGAAUUUGCAGUAUCACCUCAUGCGCAGGCACCCGCAGAUUCACAAGCAGUUUAGUCGAUAUGAUGAAGACGGCUUUGAGCGUGUUGGUAAGCCUCUUUUUGAUGCCUGGCUUCCUCCCAAUAGCGGUGAUGGCGCAGCGACACAAGAUGUCGAGAUCAGACUGGCGGCCACCUUGAUCAACCACGUUCUACAGAAGGCGGCAGUCAACGUUCAUUCCUUGUCACAGCAAGAAAAGCAAACGCUUAUACAUUUCUGGUGUCAAGAGAUCUAUGAUAAUGCUCUUGAUGAUCUUUACGAGAGCGUGAAGAUAACUGACUCUGCGUAUGGGCAACUAGCAAACAUUCAUGACGAGGUUGACCGACGAGUCCUUCAAGCGGCGGACGUCAUUGGAAUCACUAUCACGGGUCUGGCGAAACGAAUUUCUACUCUGCGGCAUGUGCGAUGCAAGAUUGUGAUCUGCGAGGAAGCUGGAGAAGUCAUGGAACCGCACAUGCUAUCUGCGUUGCUCCCGACGGUUGAACAUCUGAUCCAAAUUGGAGACCAUCAGCAACUUCGUCCGCAGAUAAACAACUAUGGUCUUUCGCUCGAAAGCAAUCAGGGCAGCCUGUACCAGUUAGAUCGGAGUCAGUUUGAAAGGCUUUCUGUGGGGCAAUCUGGGCGACCUAGGAUUCCAGUAGCCCAGCUGAACAUGCAGCGAAGAAUGCGUCCCGAGAUAUCGAAAUUAAUACGGGAAACUAUCUAUCCCAGAUUAAUCGAUCACGAUGCCACCAUCGACCUUCCAGAUGUCGUUGGAAUGCAGAAAAAUGUGUUCUGGUUGGAUCAUGACCACUUCGAAGAGGGACAAAACUCCGAGAUGCACCAUAAGUCUCAUUCAAACAUUUGGGAAGUGGAAAUGGUGCAUGCUCUGAUCCGCCACAUCGUUCGGCAGGGUGUCUACAAAAGCAGUGAUAUCGCUGUCUUGACACCGUACACUGGACAGCUGCAGAAGCUUCGCUCGGCAAUGAGAAAUGACUUUGAAAUCGUACUUAGCGACCGAGAUCAGGAAGCACUUGAUAAGGACGGAUUUACAGAAGGCGACGCAAGUCCUCAACAUGAAGCCGCGGAGCUAUAUUCAACGCACCGUAAGACCGUUUUGGAAAAGAAGACACUCAGUGAUCUCUUACGAAUUGCGACUGUCGACAACUUCCAAGGUGAAGAGGCCAAGGUCAUCAUCGUCUCUCUUGUCCGAAGCAACAAUGAGAAGAGGGUCGGAUUUCUCAGGACGACAAAUCGAAUCAACGUUCUUCUUAGUCGAGCUCAGCACGGAAUGUACCUAAUUGGUAACUCCGACACAUAUUCAAACAUUGAAAUGUGGCAGAAAGUUAUCAACAUGCUUCGGAUGGCUGACGCUGUGGGAACAAGUUUGGGGCUUAGCUGCCCACGCCAUCCCGAAACCGAGAUCAAAAUUCACGAACCUCAUGACUUUCCCAAAGUUAGCCCAGAAGGAGGAUGUCGCCUCGCAUGUCCCUGGCGCUUGCCUGAAUGUGGCCAUAUGUGCCAGUCCAAAUGUCAUUCGGAAAGUAUGCACAACGUGUUUUUGUGUACACAGCCUUGUCAAAGGCUGCAUGAACCAUGCAGACAUGCCUGUCAGAAGCCGACGUGCGGGGAGGAUUGCGGAAAGUGUCACAUCAAACUGAACAAUGUCCCGCUUCCUUGCGGGCAUUUCAAGGAUAACGUAUCCUGCUUUCAAGCACAGAAUCCCGGUAUACUCCGCUGCUCCAUUUUGGUUCAGAAGCUUGUCCCGUCCUGCAAACACACGGUGAAAGUGACCUGCUCAGUCGACGUGACAUCAGAAGACUAUCGUUGCUCAAACCCUUGCGCUACAACAUUGCCCUGCGGCCACCUUUGUCCAGGAACAUGUAGUAGCUGUAACCGUAACGAUACUGAAGGCAAAGUUUCUAUCUCACACCAGAAAUGCACCAGACCAUGCGGACGCCGAUUUGGCACAUGUAACCAUUUGUGUCAAAAGGCUUGCCACGGAAAAGACUGCGGUCCUUGCUUCUCUCCCUGCGAAGUCCGCUGCCGGCAUUCUAAAUGCACCUUGCGCUGCCAUGAGCCAUGUGCACCAUGCAUUGAGAGAUGCACAUGGGAAUGCCAACAUCGUGGGCGAUGCACCAUGCCGUGUUCUGCGCCUUGUAACAGACUGCCCUGUGACCAGCGCUGCUCGAGGUAUCUUUCUUGUGGCCAUCAAUGUCCAGGUAUAUGUGGCGAAGAAUGCCCCGCCGACUACUGUCACUCCUGUGGCUCCAAGCCAGAUGCCAGAGUUGAUCUUCUCGAAAUGAAAACUUACAGUGAAAUCAAUGUCGACGAGACCCCGAUUGUCGUUCUCGGAUGUGGGCAUUUCUUCACGGCGGAAUCGCUGGAUGGUCUCGUCGGUAUGAGCGAAGUCUACACUGCUAACAUGUUCGGAGACUUCGCCGGCCUGGCGGAUAUCAGCAGUUCUCUAGCAACGAAGAUACCCCAGUGCCCAGACUGCCAGCGGCCAAUCAUGCAGUACAUCACUCAGCGAUACAACCGAGUCAUCAACAGAGUGGUGAUGGAUGAAAUGUCAAGAAGAUUUCUGAUUAACGGCAAGAAUGAACUUCAAGAGUUGAAAAAGGAGGUUGAAGAUCUUGAAUCUGGUCUUGAAAAGUCGAGGAACGACAUUAAGAACUCUACAGAGGAUGUGGUGUCAAAGAUUCGAACCCGAUACCAUGAGUCUAAGAAGCUACAAAGAAAGAUUGAAGAUUUCCUCCGGAGCGUUGCAGAUCGCCACCAACCAGCUCAUAAGCUUCACGAAGCUAUCGUCCACGCCAGUAGUAACAGCAUUGUAGGAGAUCCUGGAUCUCUCACCAAUGCACUCGGUUCGCUUAGCAUCCACCAAGACGAUAUCCCCCCCGUCGAACGAGACCGGAGAGUGACUUUUGGUGGCCGCAUUCUUCAGAUCAAGGCAGACUCUAUCGUGCUGGAAGAUAGGUUCCAGAUGACAAAGAAGCUCAGAUCAAGUCCAUCGACUGAAAAUAUGAAACUCCCGGGGGGUGAUCCAGAAAAUCUUACCCAAGCUUUCAUGAAAGCUUGCGCCGCGCUGAUGAAUGAUUGCGUGGUUGAGAAACUUCCCAAACUCGCAGCGGAGGCUUCAAUCUACUUCGCAACGAACGCGCACCUCUAUCGUUCAUCUGGGCUGUCUGGAGAGGACAGAAAGGAGGCAAAUAAGUAUGUAGAAAAGGCGAAAGAGUUGCUAAAGCAAGCUUAUAAACUAUGCGAGCAACCCUUUCAAAAUGCAGAACAGCUGAAAAAUUGCGUCAAAGAAAACAUUGAGAUUCUUGGAAAGGAGUGGUAUGAGGAUAUAACUGCCGAAGAACUUGCCGAAAUCAAGAAGGCGAUGGUAAGUGGUAGAGAAGGUAUCGCAACACACUCAGGUCACUGGUACAAUUGCGCAAAUGGACAUCCUUUUGCUAUUGGCGAAUGCGGAAUGCCAAUGCAACUUGCGCGUUGUCCGGAAUGCGGCGCCGCUGUUGGAGGAUUAGGUCAUCAGGCUGUUGAAGGGGUUACCAGAGCUACACAAAUGGAAGGAUAG